AUGCAGGCAUGCAGAAUCAGAAAACGCAACAGACCGUCGUUUGUGUGUCAGGAAUGCCGCAGACGCAAGACAAAGUGCGACAAAGGUAGGCCUAGCUGUAAGAGAUGCGUGCAGCUGGGCGUCGUGUGUUCGUACCCGACGGAGAAGAUAGAAAGAGACGGAGGCUCGACUCCGUCACGUGACUCAAGAAAAUCUAGUCACGUGAUGUUCGAUAAUGUCGAAGUGAAGGAGCGAAGCUCACCGCACGGUAGCGAGACUUCAGAAUCACCGUCGUUACGGUUUCACAGCUGUUCGCGUUUCCGAGCGGACAGUUCGAGUGGCCGUUUGUCACUGCUCGGCGGCGGACAGAUUAGUGGCCGCGCAGCGCCGCCAGAUGGGACCCUGGUACUGCUCGCCGACGCUCAAGAGACGCUCGUCUCACAUGGUCGCAUGCGCUACUUACACAAGCCUUUUUCAACUCUAGCAGUGGUGCAGCGGGACGACUAUUUGCGUGCCCUGUUCGGCUCAAUAUGGGGGUUUACGCUGACAGAUGCUUACGAGCUGCACAAGUCACGUGCUCGCGAAUCCCGCGAUGAGUCCGAGAAGAUCGAUGUGAAUGCUCUACUGAACUGCGAGCACCGGAUCGGGCGCGAGAAACCAGUCCAGAUGUUUCUCAAGGAGUCAAUUGCUAGACGUAUGACCAAGGAUAAGCGCCGUACCAGCUCAGCGCUCGAGAAUAUUUUGUUUCUUUAUAAUUUGGAAGAUGGCUUCGAAGACCAAGCGGAAUCCGAAGAAAACUAUACUCCUGGUUUAACUCACGUUUUGAGCGAGUUGGACAAAAUUUUGCCAGAGGCCGCGACGUUGAGGCCUCUUUUACAGCACUUCUACCGAGAAGUGUAUCCCAUGUUUCCCGUACUCGACGUUCUGCCAUUUCAGAAGACCGUCGAGGAAAUUUUGGUCGCGGAACAAGGCAAGACUAAGUUUCAGAUUCGGCUGGGCACGCGCUUUUUACGCUGCAAAAUCGAAACUCUCGCUAUUCUAGUGAUAAUAUUGGCCAUUGCUCGCGAGUCUGUCGAUGUCAAUGCUGAGUUUAAAUCUCACGAAAUUAACGAGAUUUUGGGUCCUUUAGACUGCCUUGAUUCUGCGCCAGUCCUGGUCAACAAGAUGCUGGCGCUCCUGAACAUCAAUCGAUAUCCCAGCGAAAAUACUCUGUGCUGCCUGUUGUAUCUACGCAUCUUCAAGGCUCUAUCUCCAGAGGGCUCAGUCUUGAAAUUAACGCCAGACUCCGUCAUGUAUCUGGGGUCACUAUUCCAAUAUGCUGUUCUUCUUGGGCUGCACAAAGAUCCAUCUUUGUACAGGCAAGUCACUGAUGCGGCGUUAUCUGACAAAGCGUUCUUCAAUUACCGCCGGAAGCUUUGGCUGGCAGUGGUCUCAAUGCGAUGCUACGAUCUUGUGCCGAACGGGAGCGGAUUGGUUUCAUUAAAUGCCUGCUUCAAAACCUCUGGCCAAUUUAAUAUAUUCUCGAAUCCUAGUUAUCUUUUCACAGUUCUCCGCGACACUGACGACAAGACCAAGUUCGAUACACCUCUUCACGAGUUGAUGUUUAAAGAGUGUCAGGUUGAGAAAGAAUGGACAAGGCUCGCAACUCUGUGUGUGCCAGAUUUUGGGGGCAGCACGUUAUGGGAAAUUGAGAACUCAUGGGAUAGAGUGGAAAGAUGUGUUAGUAGGAAAUUUUCUCUGAAAAACUUGGAAUCUACCUGUGGUUCGCAAACUAGAACCAUUGAAGCCAUGCAAUGUUUUGGCACUCAAAUCAAUAUCAGCUUAACCAAAGUUCUCAUCUCAAAGACCUUUAAUGUUAAUGUGACGAGCAGAAUCAUAAUGAUGACGACGGCAAGUGCUUUAGCCAACUAUUUCGAGAGCCUUUGCCGAAACGAACCAAAUGAUUAUGCGGAAUCGUUCAGCAGGUUUUAUUUAACAUCUUUCCAGCAUUGCAUGGAGACAAUAAAAUUACUGAAAAACGCUUUAAGUGAGGAUCCAAAAGGUAGCCAGUCGCUUCUUUCUUUCGAGACUGCGCCGGUUGUCACUCACGCUAUCCUUCGAACCUUCCUGUUUUUGGUAGGGCUCAUAGCAAGGCUGUGUUUUGCGCAGAUCAAAUUUGCAGAGAAGCAAUCUUCUCAUGCUUAUCUCUAUCGAGCACCUCCGCACGCUGACGAAACUGAAGGUCAAGAUUCACUAGCCUCAAUUAAUGCGUCAUUACAAAAUAUCGUUCGAUCUUUAGUGCAUUUGAUUUCCACUCGCAUGGCUAGCAAGUACGAUGUCUGCAUCAAGAUUGUCGAAAUCAUGAGAUACUAUUUGUAUCUUCUUGAAAUGAACAGAAUGGUGGAGGUAGCUUGUCGAAUGUGGAAUUACGCUCUAGAGGGAACACCGAUUCCCAAAAUAGUGCGAAACAGCAUGCUGAACAAAUGGGGAAUCGAAUUAACCAAUGCUGCGACUGUGAAAAAUGAUCUCUAUAACUCAAACGUUUUGGAGUGCUUCGAUGCAGAGAUGAUGCGAGAUAUGCAUGAUUUCAUGCAUGGUCUCGAGCUAAAUUCAUUGAUGCAAUUUUCGCCUGAGUCGCCAGAUUUAGUUGCACCGGCUCAGCCCACCACAAUCCCAGAUUCUGCGACAGAUGAUUGGCAGAUGUUGAAUUCAGAUAUUUUGGAGUAUUUAAACAUGUUAGAGGAGCAGCCCAUAUCGGGAGAAAUGAAUUGGAAUGUCGAGCAAGACUCUUUUUUGCGGACUAUGUCUUAA